UUUUUUUCACAUUUAGAAAAAGAGAAGCAGAAUCGGACGGAGAAAUUCCAGUUUCCAAAAGCUAAAGAGACCCCCAAAGCAGAGGAGGAAAAGGCUUGAUCUCAAACGUCUAUGGCCAUUCGUUUUCUCCAACCAAAGCUCCUCCACAACGCCCGCUCCUUUACAAGGCCGCUCAGCUCUGCUUCUUCCUCCCUAACCUCCGUCUCCCCACUGAAUUUUGCGGAGAAACCCGACCCGACCAUCGAAAAACACGACCCAUGUUCCUCAACGCUUAACACUCACGACCAUCAGAAGCUUUUCCGAACGAUUUCCUCGGCCAAGUUGCUACGUUCCUUGUUGAACCUCAACAUCGCAGCCGUCGGGCCCGUCGUUGAUCUCGGCUUGUGGGUUAUGAAUUCCAGGCUAAUGGACAUUGAUAUCUCCCGCGAAAUCAUCACUGGCCUCGUUAGACACACCUUUUACGAACAUUUCUGCGCCGGCGAAUCCGCCGCUGAGGCUGAACGUUGCAUCGAGAAAAUAAACGAGACCGGUUUGAGAGGGAUGCUGUUUUAUUCAGUGGAACAUACGGAUGAUAAAAAUGAAUGCGAUAAAAAUUUGCGGGGGUUUCUACAGACAGCUGAAUCCGCAAAGUCUCUUGAUCCAUCUGCGGUGAGCUUUGUGGUACUGAAAGUCUCGGCGAUUUGCCGAAUGAGUUUAUUGAAGCGAGUCAGCGAUUUAUUGAGAUGGCAACAGAAGGAUUCUUCUUUCAAUCUCCCAUGGAAGCUCCACGAUUUUCCCAUUUUCGCGGACAACAGCCCGUUAUAUCACACGCUUGAAAAACCAGAGCCGUUGACGCAAGAAGAAGAAAACGAACUCCAACAGAGUUAUGAAAGAAUAAUAAAACUCUGUCGAGCGUGCGAGGAAGGGAAUAUUCCGUUGGUGGUGGACGCGGAGGACACGGCGGUGCAACCCGCCAUUGAUUAUUUAACAUACGCGUCGGCGCUUACGUAUAAUAAAGGUGAUAAUUUGAUUGUAUCUAACACAAUUCAAACGUAUUUGAAGGAUGCGAAAGAAAGACUGUUUCUUGCGACGGAAGCCGCCAGGAAAAUGGGAAUUCCGAUGGGGUAUAAGCUGGUGAGAGGAGCCUACAUGUCAAGCGAAAGUAAGAUCGCGUCUUCUUUAGGGUUUGAAUCGCCGAUUCACAACAGCAUAGAGGAGACUCAUGCGUGUUUCAAUGACUGUGCUUCCUUCAUGCUUGAUAAGAUCGCCGAUGGCUCCGGCGGUGUUGUUCUUGCAACCCACAAUGUUAAAUCAGGGCAAAUGGCGGUGGCGAAGGCGAGGGAUCUGGGAAUCGAUAAGAGAAACUCGAGAGUUGAAUUCGCUCAGCUGUAUGGAAUGUCGGAUGCGUUGUCGUUUGGACUGAGAAAUGCAGGGUUUAAAGUGAGCAAAUAUAUGCCUUAUGGACCAAUUGACACGGUGAUGCCUUAUCUUCUGAGAAGAGCUGAAGAGAACAGAGGAUUUUUGCCAGCUUCAAGCCUUGAUAGGCAACUAAUGAGCAAGGAGUUGAAGAGAAGACUGACUGCUUCAAUAUUCUAAGUUGAAGAUGGAGGUGGUGGUGGAGUAAUUUAAGAAGCUUAGGAAAAUGGAAAUCUUUGUAAAUGAAUAAGUUAGAAAAGACUUUGUAGAAAUUUGCUAUUUUUAAUAAUAUUUUCUUAUUUUAUUUUA